AUGUCUCGUUUCGCACGCCAAUCUCCUCGGCUCAAAUGGAACAAGCGCACACAGCUCGCCGCAGAGCCGCUAGGCGCCUCCGUGGGAGUUCUCUGGACGCUCACUACGAUUCGGACUUGGACAUCCCGGGAUUCCCGAGAUAUUCCCGGCUUGUCAUGGGAAGAGAGCGAGAUCGCACACGAGAAAUGGCAUAACGGCCUCAUUUUCAAGUUCCUCUACGUCCUCAUACUUGAUCGCUUCAGCGACUUCGUCGUCAACCAGGUCGUUGCGCUCCGAUCGACUUUGAGAUUUCACGCCAUCCCGCUCGAGAUGAUCCGGCAGGACUUUCCCAUUGGCCAGAAACCCGCUACCGACACCCAGAGAUGCAGACAAAGCGGGAAGGGCGACGCAUGGGAGGUGUGCCAUACUGGCUUGCUCGGAAUGAAGUAUGAAGUUACGGUGCACAGCGACUUCGUGGCUGCGGGAGGCGAGAAGGAGGUCUUGCGCGGUAUCGUCGACGCCGCUGUGUCGAGACUUGGCGAUUGGGACGGCGACUUCGCUCUGCCACAGCGUCGUGUCUAUCCACGAUAG